AUGGCGCUAACUACUAGCAACAGGAAGCCCUCUCAGAUCUUCCUGGCUGGAUGUCUGGCAGGCGUCUUCACCACAGUGAUCGUGGCUCCAGGAGAGAGGAUCAAAUGUUUGCUGCAGGUGCAGGCGAGCAGCGGUCAGGCGCGGUACGCGGGUCCGGUGGACUGUGCGCUGCGGCUCUACCGGGAGCAGGGGGUCCGCGGCGUCUACAAGGGGACGCUGCUCACUCUGAUCAGAGACGUGCCUUCGAAUGGUCUCUACUUCCUCACGUAUCAGUACCUCAAACACUUCCUGACACCUGAGGGUCAAAGUGUGUCUCAGCUGAGCACUCCCAGAAUCCUCCUGGCCGGGGGCGUCGCCGGAAUAUUAAACUGGACGAUCGCUCUCCCCCCCGACGUCCUCAAGUCCAACUUCCAGACAGCUGCAGAGGGGAAGUACAGAGGUCUGGUGGACGUCCUCAGAACGCUGCUGCGUGAAGAAGGCCCUCGGGCGCUCUAUAAAGGAUUCAACCCCGUCUUCCUCCGAGCUUUCCCGGCCAACGCGGCCUGUUUCUUGGGCUUCGAAGUGGCUCUGAAGGGAUUAAACGUGAUCGCUCCCAGUUGGUGAAGUGAACCAGUUCAUGGUGAAGAGGCACCGACUGGUCCGGCUUCUCUCAGGACUCACUUCUGCUUCUCUGUACAUUUUCACCAGGUGAAAUGUGAAGAAUCUUUGUAUUCCUAAAUGUAUUUUUACAUUUAAUUUUACAAAAUAAUUUUCUAAAUGAUGAUUUAAUACUUGAAGUGUCAGCCCUGAGCCUUCAUCACUUUUUAAAACUAUUCAGAUGUUUUUAAAAGUAUGAAUCAGUGUUUGUUUCUCUGUAAAGGCACCGAGGCUUUGUUUUAUAAACUUUGUGAAUAAAGUGUUUGAAUAAAA